AUGGAUGAGGAGGAAUUUGGCAGUUGUAUAAUUGACAAUGAACUCCUCAUCCAGAUGGUGGAGGACAGACCACCACUGUGGGACCACACGGACCGCCGCCAUGCUGACCAUCAUGCUACCCGGCUCCUCUGGCUUGAGAUAUGCAAAGUUUUAGUGCCUAAUUGGGACGACCUCAAUGAGAGUCAACGGGAGGAGUGCCGGACUACAAUCCUGGUGCGGUGGCGGUCAAUGAGGGACCGCUAUAAGAAGGACUACAACGAGGAGGUCAAGCGCCCGAGUGGUUCAAGAGAAAGCCAAAAGCGGCCGUACCGGUAUGCGGCCGCAUUAGGUUUUCUUCAUAGAACCCUACAGCUGCGAAGCACAUUUAGCAGUACUCGGGCGCACCAAGCUCCUCGUGAAGUCCUUCCAGAGGCCGGAGCACAAGAGGCGGUCCCCGAAGAGCCGUCCACCGCGGGUCCCUCACGUCCUACUCCAACAGCUGGUCGGGACCUCAAUGUUCCCCUACCUAUGCCCUCUGGCGACUCAACAAUGGCCACAAUGGCACCACUUUUUGAGGCAUUGAUGCGUCGCCACAGGACCGGUAGGAGCCGUCAGGCGGACUACGAGGAUCUCAAAAGGCUCGUUUACGAGUCCUUGAUGGGAUAUACCAAUAGAAUUGCCGCUUUGGAGGAACAACGAUGGGAGAUUACUUUAGUGUAUGUAGGAAAGGUCUUUAAAAAUGUCCAAUCGCCAGUGGAGCGACACAGCACCUAUGCUGUUGGGAAACUGACAAAUGUCUCAAUAUUUUUCAGCAAUUUCUUUCCAAUGCUGUCUAGUUGA